AUGUUCGAAGAAGCGGAUAACUUUGCGGAUCUGUUCCGCGGUGGACUGCCGUACUAUCUGCUGAUCACGCUUCCAAUUCUGAUAAUUUGCUCGUCUAAUCCGGUGCUGGCUGCGAGCGAGUUUGGUGUCCAGCGGAUGUCACAGUACGAUGUUCACGGUGCCGCUUACGGUUGUCGCGCGUCGGCGUUGAAUCUGGAAGCCAAAUCCCUGUACACCUGGCAGACUUCCCGGCAUUGUGUAUUGACCCGGUUGCAGGAUAUGACUAUCGACCAUUUUCGAGAAAUCCGCGCCAAGGCUGGUGGUCUUGUGGUUCUGCUACCGGAAGAUAUCGCCGCACUGAGCUUGGAGGACAAGCAGCACAUUCACCUGCUGGAGCAAGCGAUGAUGGUGCAAGAUGUCCCCAUUCCGGUGUACUUUUCCAAGCACGAUGCCAAACUAAACAAUAUCAUUGACGAAGUAACGCGUACUACCGUGCGCAAUCCAAAGCAGAGCACUCAGAACCGUGAAUCCGCUUUCAGCGAAAUAUUCGGUUCAAUAUCCGCCAACGGGUACCAGAUCGUGGUAUCCGGUGCUUCUCAUACUGCCAACAAACAGUCGAAGAUACCGAUCAUUCAGGGUGAGCUGGCGCCGAUGAAGCCUAGCAAAACGCUGGAUGGCGAUAACAAGCUACCGCUAAUCAUUGUAACGGCGCAUCUCGACACGUUCGGGCUGACAAACUCCCGGCAAAGCAAUGUAGAUGUGGCCGUGCUGUUGACGCUAGUUGAACUUUUUAGUAAGCUACAUGCGAGCAUCCCAAAAUAUCGGCUCAUAUUUCUGGUGUCAGAAUCGGGCCUGUUGCUCAACUUCCAGGGCAUGAAGAAGUGGCUCGAUUCCAACUUAGACGAAAAUGUGCAGAUACAACAUGCGGAAUUCGUCGUCUGUCUCGACACGAUCGGCAAACUGUUGGCGAACGAAAACAUCUACAUGCAUGUAUCCAAACCACCGAAGGAGGGUACCUCGAUGAACGGCUUCUACAAGACGCUUCGGACCGUGGCCCAGCGGUAUGGAAAUGUAAGCGUUGAGGGAGUGCACAAAAAGAUCAAUCUGGCAGACACGCUGCUGGCUUGGGAACACGAACGAUUUAGUAUGAAGCGUAUGCCAGCAUUUACCCUGUCGAAUGUGAAGAGCCAUAAAGACCCAAUGCGAAACACCAUCUUCGACGAUGACACAGUGGAGGAGCAGUUGGAUGCACUGGAACGGAAUGUAAAAAUUAUUGCCGAAGCACUUGCAAGUCACAUCUACAACGUACCCGCCGAAGACGGUGCGGCUGGAGAAAUAUUCACCGGCUCCAUGGCAAUCAGUCGGGAACAAAUUAAGCCCUUUCUGCACAUUCGCUCGACGCAACAGAACAACGAUCUGAAGUACGCGUUCGAAAAGUACCUACGCAAUGUAAAGGUAACGUACGAGAAGCCGGAUGCUCGCGAACCCGAUUUUAUGCUGUACGACGAUCGCGAUGCCCUGCUAAACAUUUACAACGUAAAGCCGGCCGUAUUCGAUCUGUUCCUUACCUUCAUGAUUGCUGCCUACCUAACGGCGGUCUACUUUGCCAUCUUCCACUUCCCGAGACUGUACGGUGCGGUGUGCCGCAUGACGGUAGCUAAAACCAAAGUAAACUAA